GAGCGGGGCGUGGGGGAGGGCAGUGAUCCGGGUGGAGGAAAUUCAGGAGGAGUGUCCGGGGGGCAGCAACUUAAAAGGGGGAGGGAACUGCGGCUAAAGAGGCGUUCUGUGAUGGGAGAAAGAUUUGUGAGGGGAUACGGAGCCUCAGGUUUAAAAGAGCAGGAAGCUGAGAGGUUAGGAGAAAAGUGCCUUCGCUAGGCGGAGGUUACAGGUGGUGUCUCAGAAAGAGCUCCGAGGCUGCAGCCUGUAGCAGAGAAGAGACGGAGAACUGUGUGCAAGGGACAGCUUAGGAGCAAGCAUCCAGGGGUGAGGGGAAGUUCGAGACUUUCUGAGGACUGGCAGGAAUGUGCCCCCUGGCCCUCGUUGCUUCCCCCCUGAGGGGAGGCAUCGCUAGGGACUGUGGCAGGCUCCUCUGAACGCUGAGCGGCGGAGGUCCAACUUCACGUAUGGAUCCAGUAAAUGAGAAUUCAGCCAGAGAGGCUGCCGCGAUCGUAGACCUCGAUCCUGACUUCGAACCCCAGAGCCGUCCCCGCUCCUGCACCUGGCCCCUUCCCCGACCAGAGCUCGCUCCCGAGCCGUCCGAGCCGUCCGAGGUGGAGCCAGGUCUGGGAGAGAAGGUACACCCGGAGGGGCGCUCGGACGGGCGCACCCAGCCGACCCUGUUGCCCUCCAGGCUCCCAGACUCGGCAGGGGGUCCCCAGCCCGGGAUCCUGGGGGCUGUAACAGGUCCUCGGAAGGGAGGCUCCCGCCGGAAUGCCUGGGGAAAUCAGUCAUAUGCAGAACUCAUCAGCCAGGCCAUUGAAAGCGCCCCCGAGAAGCGACUGACACUGGCCCAGAUCUAUGAGUGGAUGGUCCGCACGGUGCCCUACUUCAAGGACAAGGGUGACAGCAACAGCUCAGCAGGAUGGAAGAAUUCAAUCCGCCACAACCUAUCCCUGCAUAGCAAGUUCAUCAAGGUUCACAACGAGGCUACUGGCAAGAGCUCCUGGUGGAUGCUGAAUCCGGAGGGAGGCAAGAGCGGCAAGGCACCCCGCCGCCGGGCAGCCUCCAUGGAUAGCAGCAGCAGGCUGCUCCGGGGCCGCAGCAAAACCCCCAAGAAGAAACCAGCUGUGCUGCCAGCUCCACGUGAAGGUGCCACUCCGAGGAGCCCUGCUGGCCACUUUGCCAAGUGGUCAGGCAGCCCUUGCUCUCGAAACCGAGAGGAAGCCGAUGCGUGGAGCACCUUCCGUCCACGAAGCAGUUCGAAUGCCAGCACUGUCAGCACCCGGCCCUCUCCCAGGGAGCCGGAGCCUGAGGUGCUGGCGGAAGAGGAAAUGCCAGCCUCAGCCAGUGGCUAUGCAGGGGGUGUCCCUCCCACCCUGAAAGAAGAUCUGGAGCUGUUAGAUGGGCUCAAUCUCACAUCUCCCCACUCGCUGCUGUCUCGGAGCAGCCUCUCUGGCUUCUCUUUGCAGCAUCCUGGGGUUCCAGGCCCCUUACACACCUACAGCACCUCUCUCUUCAGCCCAGCAGAGGGGCCCCUGUCAGCAGGAGAAGGGUGCUUCUCAAGCUCCCAGUCUUUGGAGGCUCUGCUCACCUCUGAUACGCCACCACCUCCUGCCGAUGUCCUCAUGACCCAGGUAGAUCCCAUUCUGUCCCAGGCUCCAACACUUCUGCUGCUGGGGGGGAUACCUUCCUCCAGUAAGCUAGGCACGGGGGGUGGCCUGUGUCCUAAACCCCUAGAGGCUGCAGGCCCCAGCGGUCUGGUUCCCACCCUCCCGAUGAUAGCACCAGCACCACCUCCAGUCAUGGCGGGGGCUCCGGUCCCCAAGCCCCUGGGGGCUCCUGUGCUCACACCUCCUACUGAAGCUCCAAGCCAAGACCGAAUGCCUCAGGAUCUUGAUCUCGACAUAUACAUGGAGAACCUGGAGUGUGACAUGGAUAACAUCAUCAAUGACCUCAUGGAUGGGGACGAAGGACUGGACUUCAACUUUGAGCCAGAUCCCUGAGCCAUGGUUGGAAGCUUCAUUCCCUGCUUCAGAGACAGAACCAGGCGUGCCCAUGUCCACUCUUUACCCUUGACCCCUCCCAGGGAAUUUGGGACCCUGCUUUAGAGCUAGAGUAGGGUCUGCUCACCUGGGUACUGAGAAAAUUAUAAAGAUAUAGCUGGGGGGUGGGGAGGGAGAGGGGAGGGGAAGGGGAGAGGGUUUAUUCUCACUGUGCCAAUUAGGGAGCCAUCCUCAGCUCCCCCCCCCCACGCAUUCCCACCCCAUAGAUUUUGUAGCAUGGGCGGGCAAUACUGUUGGAAAUGUGAAGUCACCAGUGGCCUUACCCCUGCCUUUGGGAGCAGGAUUUUUUGUAGAGUCUUAUCUGAGCUGGUCCAGGCUGGGUUGAGCCUGAGAUUUUUAUGCAUUGGUGUGGGAUUGGGGGUGUAACAGGGAUCUGGAAGGGCCAAGGUAUGAAGCCUGGAAUGGCUGUGGCUCACCAAGCCAAAUCACCCUUGGAAGACUACGGAUAACAGAAAGGCUUUUUGUAAACCUUCAAAGAAAUAUAAACACAUAAUAGGGAGAUGUUACACAGUGGCAAGGUGUUAGUGAUGGGGAGAGUGCUUUUUUCUUUUUGGAAGGCUUUGCCGUAGUCACCUUAUGCAAACACUACAGAUAUUAUUCUUGGAAACACGGGGGAGACAGGGGAGAGAACACUAGGCCUGCAGAGAGCAGGGGGCAAGGGGAAGAGCUCCCAUGAGGACCAGGUCUAGAACAUGAUCUGCACUGAACUAGCUUGGAGUUUCCCUGAGGAAAAGCUCAGCCAGGUGCCUUCAUCCUGUCACCUUGUGCCUGGGAGUGUGUGGUGUUGGGGUGCAGCCACACUCUCUCAUGACCCCCUGUGGGUUACUGCUAUGGUGGGAGAGUGCAGUUGAGGGCCUGGAAUGAGUCUGUGGCCUGGGAAGGGGGUGGGAGGGGGGAGAAGAGAAGGAGGGAAGGAUUUAGGGUGGUAAAGUUAGGCACAGAGACCUCCCUGUUCCAGGCCCCAGACAGCUGUCCCUGCCCUUCUUCCCCUUGCCUGACUGCAGGGGUUAUGGGGAAGUGUGUGUGGUGGCAGGCAGGGGGAGGGGUGGAACAGGGAUAGGGGAGCUGGGGAGCUUGGCUGAGGGUCUGGGAAAUGAGCAGGGAUGGAGGAGAAUGUAGAUCAGGUUUACUAGCACCUGCUAGGGAAGGCCAUCUGGGGCUCAUUCUCCACCCUAGCCCCCAAAGCAGUCCCUCCCCCAGUCCUCUUUGCAUUGUCCCCUCCCCCGCCCCUGCUGUGGGUUCCCAUCAUUUCCUGUGUCAGCGCCUGGCCUACCCAGAUUGUUUCGUGUGCUAGAUUGGAGUGGGGAAGUGUGUCAAAUCAAUAAAUGAAUUAAUUCAAUAAAUGCCUAUAACCAGC